CAUAACAGUGCUUCGAAAUAGCUGUCUCACCUGCAUCUAUACGAGCCUCUCUGACUAUGAAUUAACCCGAACCCCUCUCACGGUCCAUUUCUUCAUCGAUCCUGAUUUAUACCAUGGUUUUGUCUCUUGAAUAACUUCAGAGAGACAUAUCAACAACAUCACUGACAAUCAAAAAUUUAAACUUAUUCCUUAUCCCGUUUCGAAUUCUAACUUACCACAUAUACAACAAUUCAACAUGAAGACCGCAUUCCUUGUGCUCCUGGCCGCUGCCUUAACCAACGCCCAGUACUCCGGCCUGAUGUUCUUCAAAGACUCGGGAGACUGUCCACAACAAACCGAAUCCGAAUCGCAGACAUCAUUCACAUAUGAUGCUGGUGGCGGGAACUUAUGCUUCUCAAAUCCGUACUCGAGCGACGACCUAGAUGUCGCCUUUAGUGGAGAGCUAAUUGGCACAAAUGAAGUGGCGCCUGCGAAAUUAGGCGGCUGCCCAACUAGUAGCUGCGAUUCAGGCUGCACUACUGUUGAUGUUGAAGCCAGUGGAAAUGGUAUUCAAGUCGACUGCGCGGAGUUCAGUGGUGCAAGCUACAUCUAUCUUGGACAGUAGACCCUAUGUUUAGACCGGGCAUUGUUCCUAUACCGACAUAAGGUUUCUCAUAAUAUGCUAGGGCUUUUCGGAGAUGGAGAGAUCCGCAGUCUACAUAAUGAAUAGAGGUAUCGAACUCACAUAAUUGUAUGUAUAUGUGAUGACUGGCUAUAUGAAUACAGGCAGAUGAUUAAAUAAAACUCU